UUCUCCUUCAUUUGCUUCUCAAGGAUUGUAUGCCAUGCGAGUUUAAUAUCUACAAUAAUACAGCUUGCCUACAGAUUAAACUAAUGAAGUAAUGGAAGUAGGUGCAAGAGUCUAUAUACCGGUCUCAGUUGCCGAGACUAGGAUUUCCAAGAGAUUUGACACCAUACCGAGUGGAAGUCUGUAUCCAAAUGCUGAUGAGAUAGAUUAUCUGCAGAGGCUCGUUAGGUACAAGGAUCCUGCUAUCCUUGUGCUCAAUAAGCCCCCGAAGCUGCCAGUCAAGGGAAAUUUGCCAGUACAUAACAGCAUGGAUGCAUUGGCUGCUGCAGCUUUAUCUUAUGAUUACGAUGAAGGUCCUAAGUUGGUAAGCUUUUAGUACUAUAGAGUUGAAAUGAAUGUUGACAUAGAAAGGUUGAGAAAAGGAAAAUAGUAAUAAUUUCUGUGAUUGUUAAACAUUAUUUACCUAAUGUCUUUAUUUCAAAAAAAAAGUUAUUGACCUAAUAUCUAUGUCUUAUUUUACCCAUUUAUGUAGAGGCACAGUCUGGCAAUACAUGAUUAUCAUCAAAACUAAUUGCAUUUGAGGAUAUUGCUGGGGAAAGAGAUGAUUUUUUCAUGAUGUUUGGAUUUUUUUUUGGGGGUCAAACCAGCUAAGCUGGUUUUGGGGGAAAAAGCUGUGAAGCUUUUGCUUCACUUCAAAAGCCACUUAAAGCUACUUUGCAAACAAAGAACUGGAUAGACUAACAUUCUUUUUAGUGGCUUUAAGCAGAUGCACAAUAAAAGUUUGUUUGACUAACAUUUUGGGACUAAGAAACGACUUCAUCAAAUUUGGAAUAACUAUCUUACUUUUUGUUUUUAAAGGAUAAUUUUACAUUUAUGAACUUAUUGUAAUAUAUUUUUUUUCUGGUUUAGAAUUGUAUUAUGUACUUUGAUUGUGUUAUUAUGUAAGUUGUAUUUCAUCAUUGAACGUAAUUAAUGAUUAAAUAAAAAUAAUUAUUAGAGAAAUGACGAAUUAGGUUAAAGGGUAUAAAAAUCAAUUACACCAUAUGUAGUAAAUUAGAUUAAAUGGUAGAAGAGUAAAUUACACUUUAUGUAAUUAAUUAUUUAUUUCAUUUUCGUCCUAGAAAAUUUGUAUAUAUAGAAUUGUAAUGUUCAACAAAAUACAUAUAAACCAUUCUUGAUGUGGUAUCAAAACCUUAUAUUGUAGAAACUUUGGCCUUAGUUACAAGGCAGAUAGGACAAUUAGGAGAUUAUAAAGUGAGAUUGAUGACAAAAUUAUAUACAGACAUAUGGGAUAGAUUAUCAGGAGAC